AUGUGGCAACAACUGGUUCUAAUCGCUCUACUCGGCUUAGUAGCCACUAUCAAUUGCGCGACCGCAGAACGCGUUCGGUACGACAACUAUCAUGUCUUUGAGCUACAACCGCAAACGACAGCACAGUUAGUUGCCAUUCAAGCGUUGGAAGGCUCAGGUGACUCCUUACUCUUUCUGAAUGCAGUACACUAUUUGGACGCCAAAAUUAAUGUACUCGUUGCGCCACAUCGCGUUGCUGAUUUUUUGUCUGUACUACAGCACAAUCAAAUCCCCCAUAGAUUAGUGGAUGAGAACGCGCAGAAGAGCUUAGAUUUUGAAGAGCUUGUGGCAGAUCCGAAUCGCCGUGGUGGUGAAUACACUUGGGCUGAGUAUCACGAAUUGGAAGACACGUAUGCUUGGCUGCGAGCGUUGGCUGAAAAGUAUCCUGAUCAAGUAAGCGUAUUCGUAGCGGGCAAAUCGUAUGAGGGACGUGAAAUAUUGGGCGUCAAGAUCGCUUACGGCAGCGGCAGCGGAAGCAGUGAUGAUGGUGCCACAAAGCGUCGUGGCAUCUUUAUCGAGGGCGGCAUGCAUGCGCGUGAAUGGAUUAGUCCCGCUACUACAACUUAUAUUAUCAAUCAAUUGCUUACGAGCACCAAUGCGGAUGUGCGAAGAACAGCCGAGAGCUUUGAGUGGUAUGUGGUGCCUCAUAGUAAUCCCGACGGUUAUGUGUAUACGCACACAAACAAUCGUUUGUGGCGUAAAACGCGUACACCGUACGGUAAUUGCUUUGGCGCCGAUCCCAAUCGUAAUUGGGACUUUCAUUGGAAUGAGGUGGGUUCGAGUAAUAAUCCUUGUUCGGAUACCUAUGCUGGGCCGAAGGCAUUCUCAGAGAUUGAAACACGUACGCUCGCCGAAUACAUAAGCACACUGAAGGGGAAAUUAUAUUUGUAUUUGUCAUUCCAUUCCUACUCACAACUUCUGCUCUUCCCCUAUGGACAUACUGGUGAGUUGCCGCCCAAUUACAAGGACUUGAAGCGCGUAUUUGAUGUUACAGUCGCUGCUGUUUCGAAACGUUACGGCACACGGUACACGGGCGGUAAUGUUUAUGAUGCCAUAUAUCCAGCUGCAGGUGCUAGUUUGGAUUGGGCUUAUGGCAAGAUGGAGGUGCCUUACUCCUACUGUUUUGAGCUACGUCCUUCAGGUUCCUCUUUGUGGACUGGAUUUCGCUUGCCAGCCGAUCAAAUUGUACCCACAGGGGAGGAAAUAAUGGAUUCCAUGUUGGCGAUGAUCAAGGAGUCAGGUGCUUUAGCUAACUUAUAA